UGUGUGCGCUCGUGAGUGUGUGUGUGGGUGCUUGUGCGGGGAUGCACAGACGGCUCGUGGUAAUUUGAUGUGUGUCCCCGGGGAUAUUUGAUGGAUUAAUGCUAAGUAGGCUCCCUUUUCCAAAGGCACCACCUGAUCUUUGGGGGUUCGUGCCCCAUAUAAAAGCCUGCGCUAGUGCUGAGCUCAGCUAGUCUAGCCAUCUCCUCUUCUCUCACCCUCUAUCUCUCUACACUUUAUUUCUUUCUCUGUGUUCUUUCUCCUAUCCUUUGUCUUUAACUUUUCCCAUUCUCUUCUGUCCUUUCUGUUUCUCUUCUUUCUGGCAUUCAGACUGAGGCUUUUCAGGCUAUUCAGGCCUGGGAGUUUUAGCAGUGAGGGAAAUCUCAGAGCAUCUUUUAGCAUCGUCCACCACCAUUUUGGUUUUCUUUGACUUGAGGCCUUUUCUAAAGGGUGCAGGCCUUUGACUUUUUCCUGUGCAGUUUUGUUCUUCAUACGUGGCAUUAGGAACAGCCCGUCAAGAAAAUGCCACGUUCCUUUUUGGUGAAGCAACUGAAGGUCCACGAUUUCUCCUCCUCCAAUCAUCCUCAUCAGCAUCACAACGACGGAUCGUACACACUCACACGUGCCAUCACCGAGUCCACCACCAACUUGGCGGUCCAUUUGAGUGAAAACGGCUACAUCCAGGAUUACGUCAUCCCCUCAAUAUGCCAGAGCACAAAGGAUCCUGGCUCGAGGAGGCAGACCGGGCUCUCCGCGGGGCCCCUGUACUCCCCAGGGAGCACAGGGGGCAGCGGGGGGGAGGACUACUCCGACCAUGACAUGGAGCAGCCCGACAGCCCCUGCUCAGGCAUGACCACCGAGUCGGACAGUAGCAGCUACACGGUGGACGCCUUCCUCAUCUCUGACGGCCGCUCUCGGAGAAGGGCCAACCACAGGAAAACAAAAACCAAAGGUGAGGAGAGAAACAGCAUUGCAGAAGUGGGCUCCACAGGAUCCACAGGGUCCAAGGCUGCCAAAGGGAAGCCCGGAAAGUCUAAGGGACCGGGGCGCCACACGUGCAGCGAAUGCAGCAAGACCUACGCCACCUCGUCGAACCUGAGCCGUCACAAGCAGACACACCGCAGCCUGGAAGGACAGCAGGCUAGGAAGUGCCCCACGUGCCAUAAGGCCUACGUGUCCAUGCCGGCGCUGGCCAUGCACAUGCUCACCCACGACCUGCGGCAUGAGUGUGGAGUGUGCGGCAAGGCGUUUAGCCGACCGUGGCUGCUGCAGGGUCACAUGCGCUCGCACACGGGCGAGAAGCCGUUCGCCUGUGCCCACUGCGGCAAAGCGUUUGCGGACCGCUCCAACCUGCGUGCCCACAUGCAGACGCACUCGGCCUUCAAGCACUAUGAUUGCAAGCGCUGCGGCAAGAGCUUUGCACUGAAGUCCUACCUGAUCAAGCAUUACGAGUCGGCCUGCUUCAAGGGCUCCGGAGACGAAGAGGACUGCUGUCCCGAGGACUGAUCAGAGAUUUACACCAUAUCAGCUUAUUUACCCAGGUCUGUUUCACUGACCUGAUAUCUCAUUUACAAGAGAGACUAAUAUUGUGUUCAUUAGGGC